UUCGGAGUCAUGUGACCAGAGCGGACCACUUGGUUGCCUUCACCGCACAGAUAGAGCGAGGGGGAAGAAAGGCAGAAAGGGGAACCAUGUCUACCAGGGUUUAAAGAACAAAAACCAGCUUUCGGAUUCUGGUUCGACUAUAAACGCGGUGUCAUGUCGGAAUACGGGAUAGGAAUAUGAAUAUGCUGUCGUGGAGACUAACAGAGAGGAUAAAAUGGCCCGAACAUAUUGAAUAGCUUCGACAGAAACGGAAUAGCGAGAUUAGCCGGACUAUUUAUCUCUACUUUUCUCACAUCACGGAUCGGUUAAUGGCUUCCCAAACAUCUGUUAUUAAAACGACCGAGCUCGACUCGUGGUAGCUCCGUAUUUCUGCUCGAAACACCACUCAGUCUUUUCUCCAACCGUCGAGCGCAAUCUAGUCCGGCUAUGGAUUUUAGCACUAACUGCGGAGGCAGCGAGCUGCACAACAACCAGUCGUAUCAAUGCGAGGAGAGCAAACCGUUGCUAGCCGAGCAGGACGCCAUUAAUAAUAAUAACAGUAAGCUCGGAGCGGGGCCGUGUCGCCGGAGCGCCCUGCACUGCAGCACCGGCGGCGGUGGUGGCAACGCGGGGAACGCUGGUAGCGGUAUGCGCUAUAAACUCCUGCAGGAGGGCGACAUUCAGGUAUGUGCGGUCAAACAUCCGCGCACCUUUCUCAGCAAAAUCCUCACCUCCAAAUUCCUCCGGAGAUGGGAACCCCACCACCUCACCCUGACCGACAGCAGCAUCAUGUCCGCCACGCCCACUGGUUAUAUGGAAAACGCGCUGUCCUACAGUUCUAUAGAGGACCUGCAGCUGCUGUCCUGGGACAACGCUCCCAAAUACUGUGUCCAGCUUAGUGUCCCUGGAGGGACUGUCCUUUUGCAGGCUGCCAACAGCUAUCUGCGAGACCAGUGGUUUCACUCUCUUCAGUGGAAGAAAAAGAUCUAUAAGUACCGUAAGGUUCUGAAUAACCCGAGCCGCUGGGACGUGGUGCUGAAGGAGAUCCGAGCUCUGGUGGACAUGGCUCUUAACUCACCGCUGCAGGACGAGUCCAUCCACCAGGCGCCUCUGCACAUCAUCUCCACUCUGCUCGCUGAGAACACCAACCUCAGUGCCCAGGACCAUGAGAGCAUCAUUGUGGCGAUUGCUCCUCUACUGGAAAACAACCACCCUCCCCCUGACCUGUGUGAAUUCUUCUGUAAGCACUGUCGUGAGCGUCCCCGGUCCAUGGUGGUGAUUGAAGUGUUUACUCCGGUGGUCCAGAGAAUUCUCAAACACAAUAUGGACUUUGGGAAGUGCCCCAGACUGCGCCUCUUUACUCAGGAGUACAUUUUGGCUUUAAAUGAACUCAAUGCUGGGAUGGAGGUAGUCAAGAAGUUUAUUCACAGCAUGCACGGCCCCACUGGACAGUGCCCUCAUCCUCGGGUUCUUCCAAACCUGGUGGCCGUGUGUCUGGCUGCUAUCUAUUCCUGCUACGAGGAGUUCAUUAACAGUCGUGACAACUCACCCAGUCUAAAGGAGAUCAGGAACGGCUGCCAGCAACAGAACGAUCGGAAGCCCCCCAUGCCUCUGCGGCUAAUGCGUCCCAACCCACCCACCACUAUUUCACCUCCUCCGCCUUCCAUAGUCAACUCCAGCGAGAUUCUAGUAGAGUUGGAGCGCAACAACAACACUGCCAACGCCGCACUCCGUAAGGCUCCUGCGGGGGGCGACAGUGAGCCCAACCUGAUCGAAUGUUUGCUGGUGAGCCCAGCCCUCAGUGCCCUGUCCAUCCAGCUCCCUGCUCAGGCUGACCGAGUGCUGGCCUGCUUUGCCCUCAUCCUCAAGAUGCUCUCGGACUAUGACGACUGGAGACCAGCCUUGGCUAGCCUGCUGCAGCCCAUCCCCUUCCCCAAAGAGGCCCUCGCUCAUGCCAAAUUCACAAAAGAGCUGAAGUACGUCAUUCAGAGGUUUGCUGAGGACCCCAGACAGGAGGUUCACUCAUGUUUGCUGAGUGUGCGUUCUGGAAAAGACGGUUGGUUUCAGCUCUACAGUCCGGGGGGCGUCGCCUGCGAUGAUGAUGGAGAGCUGUUUGCUAGCAUGGUUCACAUACUUAUGGGUUCUUGCUACAAGACAAAGAAAUUCCUCCUGUCACUGGCAGAAAACAAGCUGGGGCCCUGCAUGUUGCUGGCACUGCGGGGGAACCAGACUAUGGUGGAGAUCUUGUGCCUGAUGCUGGAGUAUAACAUUAUAGAGAAUAAGGACACACAGCUGCAGAUCAUUUCCACUCUGGAAAGCACCCAGGUCGGCCUCCGCAUGUACGAACAGCUGUGUGACCGGCAAAGAGAGCUCAAGGAACUGCAAAGGAAAGGAGGCCCCACCCGACUCACCCUACCGUCCAAGUCCACCGACGCUGAUCUGGCUCGUCUGCUGAGCUCUGGCUCUUUUGGAAAUCUAGAGAAUUUGAGUCUGGCCUUCACCAACGUCACCAGUGCCUGUGCUGAGCAGCUCAUCAAGUUACCCUCCCUCAAACAGCUCAAUCUGUGGUCCACCCAGUUUGGAGACUCUGGGCUGCGACUGCUCUCUGAGCAUUUAGCCUGUCUGCAGGUGCUUAACCUGUGUGAAACACCAGUCACUGAUGCAGGCCUGCUCGCCCUCAGCUCGAUGAAGAGUCUGUGUAGUUUAAAUAUGAACAGCACAAAACUUACUGCUGACACCUAUGAGGACCUUAAGGCCAAGCUUCCCAACCUGAAGGAAGUUGAUGUUCGUUAUACAGAGGCCUGGUAAUUAUGAUCAGCAUCAAUCAUUCUCAAGGAAUCCGGUAUCAUUUAAACAUCUUUGGAUCAUGAGAAUCUGCUGAUAUCAUCUGUACACAGGGACUUCAACAUCAUCAGCAUCAUCACUGAGUAACUGACAGAUGAGGACUGUCUUUAUAGGAACAUUGUUCAGAUCUGAGGACCUCUAGAACACCAGGACCUUCUUUGUAGCUGCGUUAAACAUAAGAAUAUUUAUAGUGACAUCAGACAGCAAGGAGGCUCGUUUUAUUUAUAUCUUAAGAAGACUUUAGCCCUUUCAGUUUUUUCUGUGUCCACGUCUCACUGUUUUUCCUCUUAGAGGCAUAUCACGCUCCACGUACAGUUGUUAGGUGCAGCGGUUCCCCCCUGCUAAUACUGUAUCUCUGACCAAAACCACACUCUGGAUUUUAGUUUGCUUUUAGGGUGUUUUUUCCUCCGAGGUGCACCCCUGACUGGUGAGGCGAUUAGCAGCCAGAGCCACAUUCCAGUACACUUUUGAUGUUGCCUCCCUGUGGAAAGCCAGCCGCUAUCGCUAGAUUUGUGCUUGGUCAUUCAGCCUCACCAUUUUCUAUCCAUGAAACGUUGCUAAUGUAGAAAGGCGGAGUCCUGAGUGUCCACCCUACACACUCAUUUUAUUGUCUCUCUGUAUCUCGCUGACAUUUUUAUCAACUUGAGCAAAUGAGCAUAUUUUUCCACACAUCUCUGCUUUCAUAAACUGUGUGUUUAUACAGUAUAAAGUAUAUCUAUAUCUGUAAUCCAGUUUGACAUUAAGAAGUCGAUACAGAAGUAAGUUCAUACGUACAAGACAAGUACAUUUUUAGCUUUGUGUGUUUUUGUUCGUUCGUUCGUUCGUUUUUUUCUGUCGCAUUGUACAGUUUGUUCAUGCACCCAUAUUUAACAAUGGAUGUUUGAAAUGUAGUCUGGGACUACUCGAUAUUUAUAAAACCCUUUUCGUUCAUGUGACCCAGCCCAGGUCCUUUCCACUAGUUUGUCUGUUUUUGUCCAUGAAAUACCCCAAGCUGGUGCCUGAGGACUUUUUCUGUGAAGAAAGCACCACUUAAGAGGAUGGCACGGGGUUUGCUAGAUGCAAUCUGUGUAAAUAUAAUCGAUCUAACUUUUCAGACUGAUAAUAAUGGUGACAUGUUUGAUUUCCUAUAGUGGCUGAUUUUUCUAUAGUGAACUGUUAAUAAAAUUCUGCACAUUAAUAAGAAAUCAAACAUAAAGCCAUAAUUUCAAUUCAAGUCUAUGAUUAAGUUAUUCAUGCUUCUCUUUCUUUAUUUUUAUUCUUUCUAUUUCCCUUUUUUACUGUCACGGGUGUAACAUUUUUCACAUUGGUUUUACUGUUACUAGUUACAAGUCAUUUCAUAAACCUUAGAAAAACCAUCAGCAAAGACGUUCGUAUUUAACAGGGGUGUAAAGCGACACACAAUUUACUUUUUUAUGGUUACAGUUAUUUGAUGUGUUGACAGAUACGGUCAGAUAGUUUGAAAUUAAAGUAAAACGUUUUGUAACAAUUUGUAUCAUUACACCUCUAGUAUUUAUUAUUCAAACGUUUAAACAGCUAAUGUGCUAAUCUGGCUAAAGUAAUGCUUUAGUUUUAAGUUUGUCCACAACUUUAAAAUCGUUGUACUCCCCACACAGACAGCCAGAUUGUGCCCUCAUAUGUCAUCCAAGUCUGCUCGACCAGUCUCUGAUUUAUUGGACUUUAAUUAGCUGUUUUUGAUUCCUCCGAAGCAUGGCGACGAACGCCGUCCACUGAAUAUAAUACUGUGUAUGCCAUUGGUGGUAGUGGCCCAAAAGUCUUUUGCGUUCUACCAUCUCAGUUCCAGAUAAACGGUUGCAUCGUGUAUAAUGUACAUACAAGUGUAUAUAAUUUCCUUCAGCCACUCUGCAUCUCGUAUAUUUAUGUGUUUUUCUGUCAUGUUUUUGUUUUCAUGAUUGAUUAGCUUCCCCCCCCCCCCCCCCCCAGACCAAGUGCACUGUAAUUACUCUGAAAUGUCAUUGUUUUUUUCUUUUCUUUGUAUUAUUUUUGUGCUUUUUCGCCUGUAUUUUAUUGCUGCAUGUACAUGUUGCUUAAGCAGAGCUUUUAAUUUGGAACGCAUGAAUCAGAGAGGAUUAGAGGGCGAGAAGCAAAUUGAAUUACAGACCAAUGUAAUGAUCGACCAUUCUAAACGAGAAUAAACCUUAUACCUUAAUGCUAAAACUAGUAAGGGGUAACUAGUUAUUAGGGAAAGUUUUUGCCCCCCUAGACUCCUCAGUAAGGAAGAUGGGAUUCGGGGGAUCUACAUAUCAUAAAGUGUUGCCUGAUUCUUAUUUUAUUUGAAAGCAUCUCAAACACUCAAAUACUCCAGUCCUUACAGAGAAGCAAAUGCAGAUAGGCUGAGUAAAUCCGGAACCCAUUUACAAGUGGCAGUAACUAGUUUUAUAGAAUCAUUUAUUAGUCAUAUCUUGAUCCUGUGUAGCUCACUGCUUUUUGCCUCGCCUCCAGACUUUUUUGCUCUCUAAGAUCAGCGAAAUCUUUUCUCUGUGACUUUUUUAUAUGACGAGCUUUCUAUCAUUUUGAAAUUGUGACUGAGUCUUAAUGCAGUGAUGACUGGGACAUCCACCACUGCUGUCCCCUCCUGGGUGCAGUCUUGUACAUAAAUGAACUACAUUUCCCAUGAUUCCUGGAGUUUUUUUUGCAGAUGGAACUUCUGCCCUUGUUUCCUCCUGUCUGUGUUUAUCUGCUUCUACAGCUGGGUCGCUGCUGCUGCUCUGUGGCUGUUGUAAUAUUACAAUACAAGACCUUGAACAGGAAAUAAGAACUACGAUGUGAAAUAAUUUCAAUCAGAAUAAACUGUCUGUGAAUAUGUUUCAAACACAAA